UUCCGCUUCCAGCUGUGGGUGGUGCUGCGUGGGUUCAGCGGGUGCUGGUCGGGGUCCUCGCUCGCUCCCUGGAUCUCUCGGGUGCACCGUCCUGGAGGCCAUGGGGCGGCAGUGGGGAUCGGCCAUGAAGGCGGCCGAGGAGGCCGGCUGCGUGGUGAGCGCUUCCCGCGCCGGCGAGCCUGAGGCCGGCUCGUGGAGUUGCAGCGGGGUGAUCCUCAGCCGCAGCCCGGGCCUGGUGUUGUGCCACGGGGGCAUCUUCACCCCUUUCCUGCGGGCGGGCAGCGGUGCCCUAACCGCGGCCGGCACCGUUUGCCUGCCGGGCGACAGUUGCGGCGACGACCUGCGCCUUCACGUGCAGUGGGGCCCAACGGUCGCGAGCCCCGCAGGCCGCGCGGAGCGGGACCGUCUGGGAGUGUGCACUCCCCAGUGCGCGGGCCCCGAUUCCGGCCCUCUCGCCCAGCCUCGCGGGCGGCCUCCGCUGCCACCGCGCUCCGCCGAGCUGCUGCUGCUGCUGAGCUGCCCGGCCUUCCGGGCCCACUUCACGCGCCUCUUCGGGGGCGAGGCGCCGGAGCAGUGGCGCUUCGCUAGCGGGGCGCCGGAGGACGAGAUGUCGGAGGAAGAGGAGGAGGAUCAGCUGAGAGCGCUCGGCUGGUUCGCGCUGCUGCGCGUGUUGCCCGGCGAGACGGCGGCGAAGGGGCGCGGGGCGGCCGUGGCUGUGGCCCCUCUCGGGGCUGUGCCCAAGGGCGCACCGCUGCUGGCCUGCGGCUCCCCGUUCGGGGCCUUCUGCCCCGACAUCUUUCUCAACACGCUGAGCCGCGGCGUGCUCAGCAACGCGGCCGGCCCGCUGCUGCUCACAGACGCGCGCUGCUUGCCAGGCACGGAGGGCGGCGGCGUGUUCGCUACGCGACCCGCUGGGGCGCUGGUGGCGCUGGUGGCAGCGCCUCUCUGCUGGAAGGCCCGAGAGUGGGUGGGCCUCACUCUACUCUGCGCCGCCGCCCCGCUCCUCCGCGUCGCCCGGGCGGCGCUCGGCAGCCUGUGCCCGGCUUCCGCUGCCCUGACUGCCCUCCUGCCGCCCGAGGUGGGCGCCCCUCAGGGCCUACCCCUCCGAGACCCUGAGCCCCCAUGGGCAGCCGCGGCCGUGUUGGUGGAGUGCGGCACCGUAUGGGGCUCCGGCGUGGCCGUGGCGCCCCGCCUGGUGGUGACCUGCCGGCAUGUGACCCCUCGGGAGGCAGCUAGAGUCCUGGUGCGCACUGCCGCCCCCAAGAGUGCCAAGAUCUGGGGACAUGUAGUGUUUGCAACCCGGGAGACCUCUCCUUAUGAUGUAGCAGUGGUGAGCCUGGAAGAGGCCCUGGAUGGUGUCCCCAUACCUGAGCCCGCGGAGUACUUCCAUGAAGGAGAGGCUGUCAGUGUGGUGGGCUUCGGUGUCUUUGGCCAGGCCUGUGGGCCCUCGGUGACUGCGGGCAUCCUGUCAGCUGUGGUGCAGGUGGAUGACACACCGGUGAUGCUGCAGACCACAUGUGCCGUGCACGGCGGCUCCAGUGGGGGACCCCUCUUCUCUACCCACUCUGGGGUCCUCCUGGGCAUCGUCGCAAGCAACACCCGGGACAAUACCACGGGGGCCACCUACCCCCACCUGAACUUCAGCAUCCCCAUCACAGUGCUUCAGCCGGCCCUGCAGCGUUUCAGUCGGACCGGCGACCUGGGCGGCCUCCGCGAGCUGGACCGUGCGUCCGAGCCAGUCAGGGUGGUGUGGCGGCUACAGCAGCCGCUGGCAGAGGCCCCUCGCAGCAAGCUCUGAGGCCGCCUCAGUCCUCUGGACAGAAGGCUGAUCAUUUUUUGAUGAGAAAAGUGGCAUUGAGGUGAUGGCAGCCUCAGGGUGCAGCUUCUGACAGGCACACCCCAGCUGAGCUGCCUCCCCAGCACCAGCCACCACCGUCCUCCCCAGGGGAUCAUGCAGCUUGUUGUCUGCACCCUGUAGUCUGGAACAAACCCGGGGCACUGAGCUCUUCUCCCCACACCUGGAAGCCCACUUUGGGGUGCCUCCUUGAGCCCCCACCUCUCUGUUCCCCUGGCACUGGAUUCCCCUGGGUUGUUUUCCCUUCUGGGGAGCCCAGUACAACUGCACUACAGCUCUGGUCCUGACAGACGGAUGAUGCUGGCUGGGAGGCAGGCCCAGCGUGUCUGUUCUCUGCUGGCUGCCAGAGUGGCUGCUUCACUGGGGGCCGCGGCUCCUCCCUGCCUCUCAGAAUCGGGCUGGCGGAGGCCUCGGCCUCCUCAGUACCUCAGGAGCAAGGCCCAGCUCGGAAGGCCGGAGAUGAAAGGAAAAGGGAAUGGUAGCAUCUCCCUGUUCUAGACCUAUGGGCCGGUGGAGCCCCUGAUAGUCAGGAGUCGUGGGGUCUUCAUCCUUUAGGUGUCCCUGACCUACAAGGAGCCUCUGACACAGUGCCUUCCACAAACUGGGUCUCAGGGAUCUUGGGGGGUUGGCAGGGUUUGAAUGUCUCUAACUGGGGCUUGGGAAUAAACAGGAUCCAUGGAGAACCUCUGUA